GGAGGAUUUCUGCUCAGGCUCCUGCAGGGGCAGCUAAGCAGAGUCCAAGGCUCGUGUGUUUAAUGAAAUCAUUCCAGUUGCACUGACUGGCUGCCACAGCAGUUUUUCUGUUGAGAAACAGGGAGCAGGAUCACUCUUGAAUCAUGGCAGGAAAGAUCCAGGGUCUGACUGAAGAGGAGAGGGCCCACCUACUCCCCAUGCUACGCGGGGCUCAGUGGGUGGAGGUUGUGGGGCGAGACGCCAUCUACAAAGAGUUUAUUUUCAAAGACUUCAAUCAGGCUUUCGGUUUCAUGUCCAGAGUGGCCUUACAAGCAGAGAAGAUGGAUCAUCAUCCUGAGUGGUUCAAUGUCUAUAACAAGGUCCAGAUCACUCUCAGCACUCACGACUGUGGCGGGCUGUCCCAGCGGGACAUCACGCUGGCCACCUUCGUUGACCAGGUUUCUGUGAUGUGACCAACCUGAUGCCAACAAGUCCCGGCUCUCUAAAGGUUGAUUUAACUAAGAAAGCUCAGAACUUUUAAAACCCAAAGAGAAAUGAAGCAGUUACUUUCAACUUUUUGUGAAAAAUGUAGAAAUCCUGUUGCUGAUCUUGAACAUGGUGAGAAAAAUAAACUAUUUUGUGACGUAAACUUUGAAAUGGCGAUCACAAAUUAAGAUUCCCAGCAAGUGUUCCAGGUGUUACAACAGAAACAUGUCAGUAGUACGCGUCGUCUGUCCAAAUACGUGUCUUCAUGUGCCUUAGUACUGUUGUUAGUGAGUUUGUUUCUGUGUCAAACUGUUGUAUGUGAAAGAUUUCCAGGAAAUAAGAUUUAAAGCAUUUUAUUGAGCCUUUGGCUGCGUUUGGUUGGUUUAAUGAUGCGUGUGAUUAAUCAAGAAGAAACCAUCAUCAGAUACCACAAAUCAGCACUCGUUCAUUCAUGUAGUCCUACGUGAAGACACUUCACAAGACUCAACACAUCCAGAAGCUCACACGGGUCCUGACCAACACAAAACAAAUCUGAUCUAUUAAAUUAAAACCUCCUGUUAACAGUUGUCAGUGUUUUUUUUGUAUUUGAUCACAAAUUACUUUUAGCUGGGAGGGAAUAUGUCAAUGAUCAUGAGGUUU